GAGACACCUUCCCACACUCCUGCGUGUUGUAUCUCCCUCCUCACAGACGAGCUUGGCUGGGAGCAUCCCCGGACUCGCCUCAGGGCUGCUCUGCCUCUCCCUGCUGGCUCUGGCUGCAGCAGCAGCAGAGCUCAGGCACUGAGGAGCUUGGGGGGGGGGGCGCUGCCCCAGGGGACAGAGCUCCGCAGGUAGCCAAGCUCCGCUGAGGGGGCGAGAGCUGAGCAUUGGGGGUCCGGAGCAUCCCCAGCAUCUGGAGCAUCCUGGAGUCCAGAGCAUCCCCGGCAUCCGGCGCAUCCUGGGUCCAGAGCAUGCCUGGCAUCUGAAGUGUCCUGAGAUCCAGAGCAUCCCAGCAUCCAGAGUAUCCCGGGUCCCGAGCAUCCCUGGCAUCUUUAGUAUCCUGCAUCCAGAGCAUCCUGGGGUCCAGAUUAUUCCCUGAUCCAGAGCAUCCCGCCAUCCAGAGCAUCCCCGGCAUCUCGAGCAUCCCCGGCAUCUCAAGCCUCCCAGCAUCCAGAGCAUCCCAAGCCUCCCUGUGUCCAGAGCAUCCCCAGCAUCCAGCAGCAGUGUCCAGGGACAUCCCAGCUCAGCAGGAUUUGCAGGGACAAGGAAAUGCCUGGCUGCGAGUAACGGGGAGGGAAACCUUGCUACUGCUGAUCGGCUCCUGGGAAUGUCACUCUGCCCUGAUUGCCAGUGAAGAGAGGGUGGGGGAAGAGAGGGAGAGGAGGAGGAGAGGAGAAAGGAGGACGGACACAGAGUGGAGAUGGAGACAUGGUAUUUCUUCCCCUGGAGGUGGCUCUGGCGAUGAUCACCUAGCACAAGUCACGGCUGGAGAAGGUCCCCCUGCUCCGGAGCCAGCCCUGCUGCCCGGCUCCUCAUGGAGGCUGAUCUGGGGGCCCCGAACGCCAGCGUGCUGGGGGACCGCUCGCUGCUGGUGGGGAGCAGCUGGGUGGCCGCUUUCCUCUGCUUCAUCAUCCUGCUGACCACGGCAGGUAACUUCCUACUCAUCCUCCUCAUCGUCACCCAACGCUCCCUCCGCAACACCUCCAACUACUUCCUGGUGUCCCUCUUCAUGUCUGACCUGAUGGUGGGGCUGGUGGUCAUGCCCCCAGCCAUGCUCAACCAGCUCUACGGCCGCUGGGUGCUGCGGGGCGACUUCUGCUCCCUCUGGUACUCCUUCGAUGUCAUGUGCUGCAGCGCCUCCAUCCUCAACCUCUGCGUCAUCAGCUUAGACCGCUACCUGCUCAUCAUCUCCCCCCUCAAAUACAAGCUGCGAAUGACCUCCUGCAGGGCCCUCUGGCUCAUCCUGGCCACCUGGACCUUGGCUGCACUGGCCUCCUUCCUGCCCAUCAAGAUGGGUUGGCACGAGCUGGAGUUUGAGGUCUGGUCCCCAAAUGUCACCUCCCGGGGGGAUGAGGACCAGUGCCGGCUGCUGGUCAGCUUGCCCUACGCCUUGGUGGCCUCCUGCCUGACUUUCUUCCUCCCGUCCGCCGCCAUCUCCUUCACCUACUGCCGCAUCCUCCUGGCAGCCCGCAAGCAAGCGGUGCAGGUGGCUUCCCUCGCCUCCAACGUGGCCACCGCCACCGCCGACGAGACCACGCCACAGGUUCCCCGCGCCCCGAGUCAGCCCGUGGCCGGCAGCGAGAGCAGGAGGUUCACCAACAAGCACAGCAAGAAGGCGCUGAAGGCCAGCCUGACGCUGGGCAUCCUCCUGGGCAUGUUCUUCGUGGCUUGGCUCCCCUUCUUCGUCACCAACGUGAUGCAGGCAGUCUGCAGCUGUGUCCCAGCCGGCUUCUUCGACGUGCUCACCUGGCUCGGGUACUGCAACAGCACCAUGAAUCCCAUCAUCUACCCGCUCUUCAUGAGGGACUUCAAGAGGGCCAUGGGCAAAUACCUGCCCUGCUGCCGGCGCUCGGGGGAGCCCCGUCCCAGUGCCAUCUCCCUCUCCAUGAGGAACUCCCACAGCGGACCCCGCGCCGCCACGUCCCUCAAGAACGUCCUCACCUUGCAGGCCGAGACCGACUCGGUCGACUCCGGGGCACUGGGGAACGAACACAGCCUGUUGCCGGUUGGCAAUGGAUCCCGAGUUCUCCCGGCCUCCGGCACCCAUUUGGCCAACCUUUUCGACGCAGAGCCCCCGGACACGGAGCUGCAGCCCAAGCAGCUCAGCACCCCCGUGGCCUGAGCGAGGGCAUCCGUGGGGGAGAUGCCGACGGGGGGUUAUGGACCUCCGUGUGCUGGGAAGGAUCCCCCAACCCGAUGCAAACUCUUCAGAGGGCUGAUUUGCCACAGGACAUCUCUCUGCCCACGCGUGGCUGCUCGAAACUCUCUUCAAAUGCAACAUGAAGACGACGUCGUCACCGAGCACUUCUGCGGGUAGGUGUAAACAGUGCAAAGCCAGGUUUUACUGCUGACUUAAUCUGCCUUGUUUCUCUCUCUUUCCAUCCCUUUGCUCAC